AUGUGCUCCUGGGCCUCCUGCUGCGGGGAGCAUAUAAAGGGAGGAGCAGGUCAGCACCUGGCAGGAGGGAUGCAGGAGGUGACCAGGAGCCAGCACUCUGGCCUGCUGGCCUGGCACACCAUGCCUCUGAAGCUGGCACUUCUGCUCACCCUCCUGGCAGCCUUACCAGUGUCACUGGCUGAGCUGGCACAGGAUGGCUUCUGGGAGUACCUCAGCCAGCUGACGAGCGACAAGGAUGGCACCGAGCACAGCCAGGGUGGCAAGCUGGGCAGGGACAUCGUAAACCUGAAGGAGAACAUCCAGGACAGGGUCAGCUCCAUGGGGACCCUCCUGGAGAAGCUGGCACCCUCGGGCAGCAGAGGCCCCCAGCCCCAGCUGUACCAGGACUCGGACAGCUUGCAGAAGGUCAUCAGGAAGGAGCUGGAGAGCCUGAGGCUGAAGCUGUCCCCGUACGUGGAUGAUGCCCACCACAAGGUCAGCAAGCCCCUGGAGGAGCUCCGCGGCCAGCUGCAGCCCUUCACGGAGGAGCUCCUGGAGCAGCUGUCCCUGAGCGCCCGGGACCUGCGGCGCCACCUGACGCCCGGCCGGGAGCUGGCGGCUCAGCUCCUGGGGGGUGCGGAGGAGGUGCGGAGGUUCACGGCUCGCUACGCCGAGGAGAUCGCCUCGCACACCGCGCGGGUGCGGGACAUCGUCCAGCCCUACGCGGCCAGGCUGCUGACCCAGAUCCGCCGCAGCGCGGAGCAGCUGCACAGCAGCGGCAGCCCCCACGGCCGGGCCAGCCCGGAGCAGCUCAACACAUCCAUCCAGGAGCUCUCCGCCAAGCUGACCCAGAACGCCAGGGACCUCCAGCAGAAGAUCCAGAGGAACCUGGAGCGGCUCAGGGCCAAGCUCAGCCUCUACCCUGGCAGGCUGCGGCAGCAGCCGGCCCCUGCCGAGGAGCUGGCCCGGGAGGUGCAGCGGCAGGUGGAGGAGUUCCGCAGGGACACCUACGGCCAGGUCCAGGCCUUCACCCGGGCCCUGGACCGAGAGACGGAGGCGAUGCGGCUGAAGCUCUCCUCCGAGCCGCCCGCCCUGGGCGAUCCCCAGGAGGCUGCCCCUGCCCUGCAGGACCUGCGGGCUCGCCUGGACGCGCUCUGGAGGGACCUGGCGCGCAGCCUGGGCGAGCGGAGCGGCGCCGAGGCCGGCUGA